UCCGCAGGAGGACAGGCAGAGUCUCUAACCAUGCAUAAGGAAGACUACAAUGACACUCUUAAGCACACUCAUGCCCAUGGAACUGUGAGCUAUAUUCGAUACAAUAUUUCUUGUCAGAGUGAUAGUUCUAUAUGCACAGAUGCAGAGAAACAGCUGAGAGUGAUGCAACAGAUUGAUGAAGACCACACACUCACUCAACUCGCGAACGCAUGGUUGAUCCUGGCAGUAGGAGGUCCCAAGAUACAGGAAGCUUAUCUAAUCUUGGAGAAUUUCUCCGACACGUACCCAAUGAAAAUCUUGAUCCCCAACGGCAAGGCGGUUUGCUCCAUGCAUAUGGGUUAUUCUGAGGAAGCUGAAACUCUACUGCUUGAAGCACUCAACAAGGUACUGAAACAUGGAUGCUUAUGCUCAUUGCAUGAUGCGAAAGACCCAGAAACUCGUGCAAAUCUAGUUGUAUGCAGUCUUCACUCAUCUUCGCGCUACCUAAGCCAGCUGAAACUAUCACAUCCAGUACACCUACUUGUCAAGCGAGCGGAGGAUAACUUCGAGAGAGCGCUUCAAUCCGAAUGCUAUAUCCAAACAAGUAGAGGCAGAGUUACUCUCACGAGACACGAGCUGUAA